AUGGCUGCUUGCGUAGAGCCCGCCGUCGCCGUCUGUAACCACGCCGCCGCUGGGCCGGCUUGCCUCAAAAGGAGGCGCAUCGCCGUCGGAAGCGCGGAGCAGUACGAGGACAUCGGCCGCCUCGGCGAGGGGGCCUUCGGCGCGGUCGUCAAGGCACGCCACCGCGCCACGGGCCGGAUCAUCGAGAUCAAGCGCAUCGGCAAGGCCCAGGGCAGGCACGCCGCGCUGCUGCGCGAGGCGCGCUUCCUCGAGGAGGCGAGCGGCGGCGGCGCCAACCCCUUCGUCGCCGGCUUCCGCGGCGUCGUCCGACACCCAGACACCUUUGACCUCAGCCUCGUCAUGGAGAGCGUGGGCCCAAGCCUCCACGACCUCCUCCGCCAACGCGGCUGCGGGAGCCCGCCGCUGCCCGAGGCAACGGUGCGCGCCGCUAUGUGGCAACUGCUUAGGGGUGCCAAGAAGAUGCACCACUGCCACAUCGUGCACCAUGACAUCAAGCCCACCAACAUCCUCGUCGGCGAUAGUCACCACGUCGUCAAGUUCUGCGACUUUGGGCUCGCCAUGUCCACCGACGAGCGGCCGCCGUACAAGGCGGCCGGCACGCUGUGGUACAUGGCGCCGGAGAUGCUGCUGGAGAAGCCCGACUAUGAAAGAGCUCAUCAACAACGGGAGUCCUCUGUUCCAGGGCUUGUACAGUGA